CGCUGUCGUCACUUCCUAAGACAAAAACAAUGUCUGUUUUUCAAGUUUAUCGUUGCUGACAAACUAUAGCUCCUCUCUUAUAUUUUCCCCAACAUAUCGUAUCAUCAUCUUAUCUGAUCGUCCAACCAAUCCAUUUGGCUCAGAUUCCAGCUACCUUUUCUCUCGUUUUCCUAUUUAUUCCCACUUUCUGUUUGGCUGCCGAGAAAAAGAAAACAAGCAAUUCUGGUAAUGACCCUUUUGAUUUUCAAGCCGCCUAUACUGAAUCGCUGCCCCAGAAAUGCAUAAAAUUAACUAUGUUUGGCGAUGAAGGAUAAGAUUUUGUCAAGUUUUGAUUUUUCUUGGCAAGUUUUCUCGGCCGCCAAACACUGCAGCCAAAUCUUUUGAAUUUUGUUGUUAGAACCAAUGGGGAAUGCCUCUUCCAUGCUAACUCAGUACGACAUUGAAGAAGUCCAAGAACACUGCAACUUUUUAUUUUCUCAGCAAGAAAUUGUAUCCUUGUAUCAAAGAUUUUGUCAACUAGACAGGAAUGCAAAGGGUUUUAUCUCGGCUGAUGAAUUCCUAUCGGUCCCCGAGUUUGCGAUGAAUCCACUCUCUCAGAGGUUGCUUAAGAUGGUCGAUGGGUUGAACUUUAAGGACUUUGUGGCCUUCUUGUCUGCGUUCAGCGCUAGAGCUAGUAUGCAGCAAAAAAGUGAACUUAUUUUCAGGGUAUACGACUCAGACUGUAAUGGAAGGGUGUCUUUCAAUGAUAUUUUAGAAGUGCUGCGUGAUUUGUCGGGUUCAUUCCUGUCUGACGAGCAAAGAGAGAAAGUGUUGACUCAAGUCCUGCAAGAAGCAGGGUAUACAAGGGAAUCUUAUUUGACGUCAGAUGACUUUGUUAAGGUUCUUGGUAGUUAUGGUCUGAAAAUGGAGGUUGAAGUGCCAAUCGACUAAGUUAAGCUGGCCUGGUUUUUUCUUUUCCGUUCGAUUUUCCCCCUGUAUCAAUUCAAGAAGAAGUUUGAAGUGGCGGGUAAACUACAUCGACAAUCCCUGCUGCACAAAUUAGAUGAAAGUCGAUGCGGACACCCUGUAUAAAUGCUUCUUAUUCUCUGUUUCCAAAGUCAAUAAAACAGAGCAGGCAACCAACCUGUGUAUCGAGUACAAUAAAAUGUCAAAUCUCUGUUUUUUUUCUUUUUCUCUUCAAUUUUGUGGAUGGCUACUUCUCCAGGUCCUCUGUAAAUUAUUUUGUACCUUUCGUUGUUAUGGUCUCGUACAUUACGGAUUCACCGGAGCGGGAUCCCUCCUGUCGAAAUGAGAAGUUGAGAACAUUGUGUCUA